GAUGCCUUGUCAUUCGUCCGUCCGUCCUUUGGAACUGUGAGGCGUUGCGGGAUUCGACCCAAAGGAUCGAGGGAGGGUUCAAACGUUAACCAAAGAAAAAGAUGUUCGACUUUGAUGGAAUGCGAUGCGAGGAUGGAUGAAAGCUCACUCUAUCAAGUGGACGUUUCCAUGGCAAACAUAUCAUCAUCAUCAUCAUCACCACAGAUAUCUCAAAAAACAAAUACCUGUUGUACCCUUCCCACGUCGAUCAAAUAUAAAAGAUUUUCGACGAAUUUUUAAAAAUGUCAAAGUUUUAUACGUUAAUUACUACGGUUUAAUUAGUAAUGAAAAAAAAUACACUACUACUACUACUACUAAUCUCAGAGGAGGAGGGGAAGUUGGAGUUCAUCAAGGCAUGGGAGGAACACAAGAUCACAAAGUCCAUUCACAGGUAAAAUCAUAUUAUAUCACUAUAAAAACCCUUUCUCCUUCUCCCCAUGUAUAUGCAUGCAUGCAUACAGGGCUCAGAAGAAGAUAUCAACCAUCACUGAAUGGGAGAAUCACAAAACCGCAAAGUUGGAGGCCAAACUUGCCGAGAUUAAGGGAGGAGGGGACAGCAAGAAAGCAGCAGAGAGACUGAGGAACAAGAUAGCAGCAGUGCAUACCAAGGCACAAGAGAAGAAAGCAAAGGUUCAAACCAGACGUGCUGAAGAGAUUCUCAAGGCAGAAGAGAGAGCUGCAAAGCUCCGUGCCACGGGACAGAGCCCUCACCACAAGUCCUUCAUCUGCUUCUGAGACGAAUCAAACCUGUAAAAACGGACAUAUCGCAUUUCUCCUCCAUUCCUUUCUUCUGCACGUUGUGUUUAUUUCUUGUGUUGCAUUACUA